AGGCCAUCGCCGACGGCCUGGUGGGGCCCAUCCGGCAGGAUCCCCAGUUCGCUCAGCUGCAGCUGCCGUACAUCCGGAGCCUGGGCCAGGAGCCGAGGCUGAAGGAGGUGUUGUUCAGCGUUCUGCAGUCAACGGAAGUGCAGGAGGGCCUUGCUGAAAGGAUCGCCUCGGGCGUGAGUCAGCUCCACGAUGCUCAGAUGGCGACGGUUGAGGAGCUGAAGAGCAAGUUCCAGUCGCAGCAGGGAACCUUCGACAUGUCGUACGCCAGUAUCGAUAUGUUUUUCUCCGGGCUGGAGGGCAUGAUCGGUUCUCCCAGUCCAAAGCUCCGUGAAGCAAUGGAACUGGAGCAUUGUAGUUCGGCAGAUUCGGACGACAAGUGGAAGACCAGAAAUUAUGGGAUCGAGACCACGCCCCGCACUGAGUGGCUCUUUGUUGUAGACCCGACCGACAAGAGUCUGGAAAGGUUGGACAUACCAGAUUGGCCCGCCGAGUCCGAGGAGGCCAUUCCUCAUGCUCGGCGCGCCGACCUCGGUCGCAAGCCGGUCUCGCUCCAGGCGUUCGAGAGCCUCCUGUCCGAGAAGAACGACAGCUUGCGGCGGGCCAAUCAGCCGGAGAUCCGGCUAGAAGAGCUGGUGGGGGCGAGGCUGUACACAGGACCCAUGUUUGAGAAGCACGGCGGACAACGCGGUUCUCAGGGGCGGGGCGAGGAACACGAAGCAGCUAGAUUUCAUGCAGAAGAUAUUCACUGAUUUCUGCAAGCACAACCGGUACGUGACCACUCUGCACGUCAUCAACUCUGCGCUGAUCAAGCUGUCCAAGCUCCUGAGCGUGGUCAAGGUAUACCGCGGAGUCGAGAGGGGCAUGCUGCCCGAGUGCUUCUGGGAGGCGAACGACUUCAACGUGAGGGGGGGCGUGGAGUUCGCGUUCAUGAGCACCACGACAGAGCGCGACGUGGCGAUCUUCUACUCGGGGGCCGAGAAGGACGGCAACGUGAGCACCAUAAUCGAGGGCCAGCUCGGCAUGGUGGACCGUGGGGCGGAUCUGUCCUCCCUGUCCCAGUACCCGCACGAGAAGGAGAUCUGCUUUGGCCCGUUGACGAGCCUCGAGGUUCUCUCGACGCGGGUCGAGAAAUCCUACUUGGUGGUGCAUUGCCGCUUCAACAUCAACUUGGUAUCGCUGACCAUUGAGCAGGUGCUGGCGAAGCGUCACAGGAUCGUGACAGACGUGUGCGACAACGUGAUGCAGCACACAAGGAAGGUGAUUGCAGCGUUCUCCAGUAAUCCGUCAGAAGGGGCCGAGACGAAAUCGGCCAUAGAGUACGCUUGCACGAAACUAGAAGGUAUUACAGCACGACGCCCAGACAUUUUCAACGACGAUGGGGAGCUGAAGGGCGCAGUCACGAAAGCGCUGGAUAUGAAAGGUCUCUUUGACGAAUGGCUUCAGGCAACCAUGUGCCACAAUGUUCCAGAUAUCGAUGAUCGUGGAGAUCCCGACGUGACUUGGAGCUCUUUUGCGACAAAGACCGUCGAGCACUACCACACAUUGAUCCCAUCUGAUCUGUCCCAUAUCACACUGAGCUGCCAGUGGCGGGACGAAGGCUCUGGGACCUUCCAUGGACGCAUCAAUCUCGUCGUCACGCGCAAUGGCGAGAUUGUUUCGGAGGUGCCUUGCUUUGGCCGUGCACCUCAUGACUGGCAGACCGAGCGAGCGGUCUUCUCCGCAGAGGAGCUACACGGCCACCUGCCCGGCGAUGUACUGACUCUCCAGUACGAGCUGGGAGAAUCUCACUACAGGAAGUUGAUGGUCAAGGACAUCGAGCUCGUCAUGGACCGGAACCCCAUCAACGCGAGCCGACGGGCCGUCUCGCAGCAGGAGGCAGCGAGGAGCGAGACCUUCGGCUUCCGCGAGGCCCGGAAGGGCAGCAAGGAGCAGGUCCUCGCCGACGGCAUGCGCAGGAACGCCCUGGCAGAGAGAGCGCACCUGGUCGAGGAGCUGGUCCAAUCACAGACUGGGGAUGCGCAGGCCCUGCCGGCCCUGCUCGGGCUGACGCCCAGCCCGCUGGAGGUCCUGGCGGCCGCAGGCCGCGCGAGCGGAGGCAACCUGUUGCACCUGGUCUGCAAGCUCCGCCGCGUGGACGUGUUCAAGUGCCUGCUGGGGAUCGCGGACGGGGUGUGGACGGAGAUGGCGAAGGAGAGAGACGGCGAGGGGGCCCUGCCAGACCUCCCGGGCCUCGCGCGCGCGGUGGCGGCGUCCAGGCCGUUCGACGCGCGGGCGGCGGGGCCGCUGCUGAGCCUGCUUCCGAGCAGCUGCGCGGGCAGCUUCUUCCAGGAGAGGGACGAGGUGGGCAACGCCCCGCUGCACGCCGCGGCGGUGUCUGGCAGGGUGGGCGACGUGCUGGCGCUGGCCCGCGCGCACCUGCCGCAGGCGGAGCUCCGCGGCCUGUUCCUCGCGAGGAACAGCCAAGGACACCCGCCGAUGCACUGCGCCGCGGAGGCCGGGCGGCCCGAGGCGGUCCGGGGGCUGGCCGAGGCGCUGGAGCCAGACGAGCUGGCCGCUGCGCUCGCGGUGACGGCCGGGCACCGCGAGCGGACGCCGCUGCACCUGGCCGCCAGCAACGGGCACGCGGAGACCGUCCGGGUCCUGGCAGGCCUGGCGCCCGACCUGCCCACCGCGCUCGCGCUGCCGGACAGCGUCGGGAGGACGGCCCUGCACCUGGCCGCGGGCAGCGGGGACGCGGAGGCCGUGCGGGCCCUGGCGGGGCUGGCGCCGGACUUGCCCGCGGCGCUGGCGGCAAGGUCGCAGUCGGGGAAGACGCCCCUGCACGCCGCCGCCGACUGGGGGGAGGUGGAUGCUAUCCUUGCUCUGGUCCAGCUGGCGCCCGACGUGCCCACCGUGCUCGCGGCGAGGACGAGCGACGGGAGCGCGCCCCUGCACCUGGCCGCCAAGAGCGGGCGGGUGGACGCCGUGCGCGCCCUGGUGGAGCUGGCGCCCGACCUGCCCGCCGCGCUGGCGGCGAGGACGGGCGACGGGCAGACGCCCCUGCACCUGGCCGCAUCCAGCGUGAGUGCGGAGGCCGUGCGGGCCCUGGCGGAGCUGGCGCCCGACCUGCCCGCCGCGCUCUCCGCGAGGGACAGCCAGGGGAUGACGCCCCUGGACUGCGUCGCGGCGGCGGAGUGCUGCGGGCCGCGCGACGUGGCUCGGCGCCACCAGCUCGCAGAAGAGCUGCGGGGGCUGGGCGCGCGGCCGGGCGGCGAGGUCGGCGCCCCCUUCGGGCCGCCGUCGCGCCAAGGCAGCCCCACGGGCCUCCCGGGCGGCCCCGAGGCGGCCCAGGAAGACCCCACGGAGGCCGCGUGACGUGCCCAGCGGCCUCGCGCGCGGCCAGGGCGGCGUCGGGGCCCCCGGCGCCGGCCCGCCCCCGGCGCGCCCUGGCGGCUGCGGCGCGCAAAGACAGGCGCGCGCCGGGGGAAACCCUGAGGACCCCGCGCAAAGACAGGCGCGGGGUGUGCGCCUUCGGCGCCCCGCCUUCGGUGGUUUUUUUUUUUAAUCCCCCAGGGUUGGGUGCUAGCCCGCCUGCGGCGUGCCUCCAGGGGGGUAAAGGGUGCAUGCUCACGCAUGUGGGUGCUGGGCUUCGCCCAGAUUAGCCGAAAUUGAUGCACGUAAUCAGAGGAUCCACGUGAAUGUUCGGCUCAGUCUCGUUCUGAAUACUCGUAGAGUACACGAGCAGAGAAUAUUUCUGGUAGUACGCGAACUGGUCAAAAUUUGUCGGGCGUGUGGCACCGCCACACCUGUCGCGUUUUCCCGGUGCCGGUAGCCCCCCAUAUCCAGGUGACGUUGAUUUUCGCGUCCAGAGGACGCUGUGGCUCGCUGUAUUCGAGCCACAUUUGCGCAGGCUUUCGGCGACUGCGUCUCGGUGAGGAUCCGCACGACCUCCUGCAUGUCAGAGCGCAUUCCCUUGGGUUUGCGCUCGUCCCAGUCAAUUAUAGGACUGUGCUGUCGCGUUUCCGCGAGUAAUUAUUGUCCUGCUUGCAGUACUGCAUUUCCCAGUGGACGUCUGCGCGCCGGGGGCGCGCCGGCCCGCCCCCGGCGCGCCGGGGCAGCGGCGCCCUGGGCGGGCUGCGUCGCGGCGGCGUUUCCCGCGGGCCGUCCGGCUCGGCGCCACCAGCUCGCCAGGGGAGCUGCGGGGGCUGGGCGCGCGCCUCCGGGCGAGGUCGGCGGGUUCGGCCCGUGAGGGGUGGGCGGCCGUGCGUCGCCGAGCGCGUUCCACUACUCUUAAUGGAACGCGCUCGCCCAUUGCGCCGCGCGCCCUUAGGGCACUCUUGCGUGGGGGCGGCCGAGGCCUGCCCAGGCCGCGCCGCCGUUUGCCGCGCGCUCGGCGGGCUCGAUCCGGAGGUCGGCUGCUGAAAGAGCUCGCUGGGCUCCGAGCGCCGUAGGGGCCUAUGAGGAGGGAGCCUGGCGGGAAGGUGUAUUCAAACAUCGCUGAUGACGUUUGGG